GAGAGAGAGAAGAGAGAAAGAGAGAGCGUUAUAUCGCCGUGCUAGUCUUUCAGAGCGACUGAGAACAGCUCUGACCGAGAUCUAGAGAGGGAGAGAGUGCUUAUAUAAUGCCCUCUCUGGGAAAUUUUGGACAGUCUGGGUACCUUCUCUCCACACUGAGCGAGGAAAACAGCGAUCACCAUCGGCUAUAAAUUGUUAAAUGAUAGCACGGUACGAGGAUGCCGUGCAUACCAGUCCACUGGUGAAGUGCUACAGCUUUUUCCAAAGGAUCAUCCUGGAGUCGGUGACCACAUGCCUUGAUAUUAAAUCCUCCUGUGUUGUUACGCCGUCAUUGGUCCCCUGUUGCUACUGGACUCUGUGGUGAUGAAGGCCCAAGACACAAUAUCUACUUCACUGCCAGAUGCUUCAGGUCUUUCCAAGAUUGUGAACUUGUAAGUAGGUUACAGAUCCAUCUUCUUGCUCCUAAUCCAUGAAAUGGCUUUCCACUGAGGUGAGAGAAGGUAAACCGUGUGGGAAUGGUGCUGCCCCGCUACAAGCUGCACUGCCUCUUGAAACGGGCUCAGAUGCUACUGCUCUGCCUGGGGAUUGCCUAUCUGAUGGCAGGCAGCAUCCUGCUCCUGCAGCGCUCCGGCAUUAGAGUCUCCGAGCCAAACUUUGCCAUCCUGCCACCCAUUCUUUCCCUUGCAGCACCUCCUACUGCCCUCAGGGCUGCAGGUCUGGGCAUGAGGGCGCGCUCCAGAUGGGCCGCCAUUCAGUCUGUGUCCGGAGGGGGAGUCAAGUCAGGGCGGCACUGGCCUGCGUCCCGGAGCCUUGGGGUCCAACACUUGCAUCGCCGCUGGUUUCACGGUCUGCUGCCAGACAGUCCAGAGCAGAGAGUCUCUCUCCACAGGAGCAGUAGACACAAAGGAACCUACAUCGGCUGCUUUCUGCACAAUGCCAGUGCUCGUGCCCUGGGAGGAACCAUGCUUUAUGACCUGCGCAAAAUGACCAGUUCUCUGUGUCAGGACACCUGCUCAGAAAGUGGGUACCAGUUUGCAGGUCUGGAAUUUGGAGCUGAAUGCCACUGUGGGAACCGGAUCAGUAGCUCUCGGGCUCCGGAGGAGGAUUGCAGUCUGGUGUGUCGGGGCGAGAGAGGGUCCCCCUGUGGCGGCGUGGGCCGACUCUCCAUUUACGGA